AUGAAUGACCAGCAGAACCAGCAGGGCUUCUGGCAGGAGACGGGCCGAUGGGUGGGCCAUGAGGAGAGCUACGACCCCGAGGCCGGGGGUUGGGGACCCUCACACAUCUCCUACCUCACCUUCAAGAGCCUCAUCCAGCUGCGCCGCACCAUGAACACAGGUGUGGUGAUGCUAGACCGGGUGGAGCGCAGUCUCUCCGACAUCGCUGAGAAGAUAGUGGACGAGUUGAUCAGCAAGAAAGAGAUCAGGCCCAGCGAUCGGGAUGGGGUGCUCCGUUCCCUGCUCCAAAACCGCAGCCAAACCGCAGUAGAGAGCCAACCCUUGGUUGUGGGGGCGGAGAUGCAGACAUUUUCUGUCAAAGAGAGGAGAGAUGCAACUGACACUGUAGAGGCCUCUAUGGUGCUUGUUGGAGCUCUGGACUUCCUGGAGAGGCCCACAGUGGCAUUUGUGCGUCUGAAGGAGGCUCAGGUUCUGGAUUCGGCCCUGGAGGCCCCAGUGCCAGUCCGCUUCGUCUUUAUCCUGGUGGGCCCUACCAAGAGUGACAUGGACUACCACGAAACCGGCCGCGCAAUGGCAGCACUCAUGGCCGACAAAGUGUUCAACCAGGCGGCGUUCCAAGCGCAGGGCGAACGGGAGCUGAUGGACGCCGUGGCUGACUUUAUGGACUGCAGCAUCGUGAUCCCUCCCACGGAGAUCCAGGACGGGGCGAUGCUCCAGUCCAUCAUCGGCUUCCAGAAGAAACUGCUGCAGGAGAGGCUCCGUCCCUCCGACCCCGUGUUACGUCUGGACUUGAAGCCCCGCAAAUCUUCCAAACCAUCUGGGCCUGCUCCUGAGGAUCCUCUGGUUCGUACGGGUCGGCCGUUCGGCGGGAUGAUACGAGAUGCGAAGAGACGCUACGAGCACUAUGUGAGUGACUUCACCGAUGCCCUCAACGCUCAAGUUCUCGCCGCUAUCAUCUUCAUCUACUUCGCUGCCCUGUCCCCUGCCGUCACCUUCGGAGGAUUGCUAGCUGAUAAGGUGGACAACAUGAUGGGUGUGUCUGAGCUCCUGGUCUCCACCUGUGUCCAGGGAGUCAUUUUCUGCUGCAUCGCAGCCCAGCCAGUCCUGGUCAUCGGCUUCUCAGGCCCACUUCUGGUGUUUGAGGAGGCCUUCUUUGCCUUCUGUAAGUCUCAGGACAUUGAGUACAUUGUGGGGCGUGUGUGGGUGGGCGUGUGGCUGGUGGUCAUCGUGGUGGUCAUCGUGGCGUUCGAGGGCAGUUUCUUGGUCCGCUUCAUCUCCCGCUUCACCCAGGAGAUCUUCUCCAUCCUUAUCUCCCUCAUCUUCAUCUAUGAGACCUUCGCCAAGCUGGGCAGGAUUUUCAAGGCCCACCCAUUGAUCCUGAACUACGACCACCUCAACAACACGGUGGAGGACCCAUGGCACCCAGUGGUGAUCCACAACCACCUGUAUGACAACAGCACGGGCAACACCACCACCACAAUCAACAUCCUGGACCGGGCCUACCCCAACACGGCCCUGCUCUCCAUGUGCCUCAUGUUUGGAUGCUUCUUAAUCGCCUUCUUCCUGCGCCAGUUCAAGAACGGGACCUUCCUACCUGGAAAGAUCAGGCGCUUGAUUGGGGACUUUGGGGUGCCCAUUGCUAUUUUCUUAAUGUGUGUUGUGGACAUCAACAUAGAGGAUGCGUACACCCAGAAAUUGGCAGUACCCAAGGGUCUGACGGUGUCAAACCCUGCUGCCAGAGGUUGGCUCAUCAACCCGUUUGGCGAACACAAGACUUUCCCCGUGUGGGUCAUGUUCGCUUGCUGUGUGCCCGCUUGUCUCGUCUUCAUCCUCAUCUUCCUCGAGUCCCAGAUCACCACUCUGAUUGUGAGUAAGCCGGAGAGGAAGAUGGUCAAGGGAUCCGGCUUCCAUCUGGACCUCCUCAUCCUGGUGGGCAUGGGCGGGUUUGGUGCCAUUUUUGGCGUGCCGUGGCUGAGUGCCACCACCGUGCGUUCGGUUACCCACGCCAACGCCCUCACCGUCAUGAGCAAGGGGCCCAAGCCGGAGAUCGAGAAGGUUGUGGAGCAGAGGGUCAGUGGGAUUCUGGUGGCUCUGCUCGUCGGUCUGUCCAUUCUCAUGGAGCCCAUCCUGAAGAUGAUUCCGAUGACGGCUCUGUUCGGGAUCUUCCUCUACAUGGGAAUCACCUCGCUCAACGGGAUCCAGUUGUGGGAUCGCAUUCUGCUCCUGCUCGUCCCCAAGAAAUACCACCCCAAUGAGCCCUACGCCACCAGGGUGUCAACGGGCAGGAUGCACCUAUACACAGCCAUCCAGGUGGUGUGUCUUGCAGUGCUGUGGAUCGUCAAGUCCAGCCCGGCCUCCCUGGCCCUGCCUUUCGUUCUCAUCCUCACUAUCCCCCUCCGCAUGGCCAUGACCGGACGCUUCUUCACCGAACUGGAGAUGAAAUGUUUGGACGCCGACGACGCUAAGGUGACAUUUGAGGAGGAACCUGGACAGGAUGUCUACAAUGAAACUCAGAUGCCAUUGUAGACAUCUGGACCCGUCAUUUUUAUCCAAAAGCCCUUUAUUUUAUUUAUCUGACAUGACAAAGUAUUUUAAUAGGAUUCUUGUUUUUGUCGACUACCGUAUGAACUGACAUAUAUAUCUUUUGGACUGUUUUUAAACCAUCAUGAAGCCCAAAUAGUAGGUUAUGACCCUUAGAUUUCAAAUAUAAGAAAUUGUCAGUAAAAGAAAAUUA